GACAAGAAAAGACAGCACUCAGAGAGGAACAAGACAUAUUUUCAGUUAACCUCACAUCUACAGGUCGUAUCUGAGCUGCACAACAUCCGCUCUUCAGCUUCAUCCAAAUGAAGGACCUCGGGCUUCUCUCGCACAGUUUGGAGCUGGGUUCUCACUGAGCAGCUCUCUCCUUUCGAGUGGUAUGGACUGCAGAACCUGCUCCAGUUCGCAGUACGCGUGUGCGCCUUUAACGGAGAAGACAGGAAUCAGCCGUAGAUGAGAAGCGAAGGGCAAUGAUGCUCCAUUUAUGAAGAUGGAUUACAGAUAUUUCACUUGCACACUUUUUUCCUUCAUACAGCUUGCUGUCUGUGUAAAAGGUCUGAAUAAAACCAAUCACCUUAAGGUGACCACGGCCAUAUGGGAUGGAAAAGUGACACUUCGCUGGGAAGCUCCUGAAUGGGCCCAACCACACUCUAAAUAUGAAGUUCAGUUUACAAAGAACACGGCACAAUUCCAAUGGGCGGCGAUACAAAGCUGCAGCGUACCGCAGAAGACGGAGUGUGACCUCAGUGAGAUCAUCAACAUGACAGCGUCUCUUUACUGGAUCCGGGUCCGAUUGUCCACAGGGCAGAAUGUCUCUUCUUGGUCUAAAGUACGGGUUAGCCUCAGAGAGGGUAAGCUGCUGCCUCCCACCUUUUCACUGUCAGGAAAUUCCUCGUCCUUGAAUAUCAGAAUUAAAACUAAACCAGUCCUUCGUGAAAUCUUCAAGUUUGGACUCAACUACCAGAUCUACUUAAAAGAAAAAGGCAACGACAAGGUGGUGCAGAAUAAGACAUGGCAGUGGCCGGAUGAUGAGGAGGGGUCAGAUGUGAACUUUGACUUCCUGCAGUGGGGACAGGAGUACUGUGUCUGUUCACGAGUGGAAGACCGAGCAAGUUCGGUCAGCAGCGCGCUGUCAUCGGAGCAGUGUCUCCUUCUGCCAACACCAGAGUGGUACUCAUUCAUGGUGCUGGCAUUCGUGGUCCUGUGUGUUCUGGGAGUCCUGGUGCUGCUGGUCCUCUUUCUACGUUGCUUCCUGUGCCGGCCAGAGAAACUGCCUAUCGUGCUGAAAUCCCCGGGAAGUGGCUGGAACCCCCUGACUGUGGGACAGGUUCCCGUGGAGAUUGUGACCGACAAGGGGUUCCUGCUGCUUAGCAGGAAGGCUGAGGAGAAGACCCAGCGGAUUCAAAAGAUGAUUGGGGUGGAGAAAGACAUCGGGAGGCGAGGCAGCAUGGACAGCGGGGUUAGUAUGGAGCAGCAGUCAUCGGACACGGACGGGGAAAGGACGGGAGAGGUGGAGCAGCAGCGGAAAGAGGACAGCGGCUGCGGGAGCCUGGCAGAGGGGGAGGGCAGCACCGGCAGAGGAGAGCUCACCAGGAUGUCCAUGCUGGAUGAGAGGAACCACAACUGGAGCGAAGCUCAGCAACGCAAGGACACCGCGAUGGCUGUGCGGUCACAGUAUGGUGAUGGAAGUCUGGAAGUAGAGAACUCUGGGCUAGGGCCUGAAGUGCGCGUGGCUUUGAACUACGCCCGCCGUGAGCAGGGUCCCUCCUUUAUGCAGGUACGGGACAAAACCCCCAGUGACGUGGAGAUCAGUGUCGCAGUCGCUGUGGGAUACAGGCCAAGCCAGCUGGCAUGCGUGUGCUCGGGCCAAGGUCUGUGUCUCUGGUGCCGAGUAGGCAGCCAUCACGAGGCCGGGACCGAAGACAGCCCAGGGUCUGCCUCAAAUAGUCUCUUCAAAGACAAUUUAGGGUGCGCGUACAACACUACUGACCACAGCAGCCAGUACCGGGCCUCCUCGCCCCUGUGUUUCGAAGAUGAAAGCCCGAACACGACUUGUUCCCAAAGCACACGGCUGCUUGGGAAAGAGGACAUUUCGGUGCAUCCCUUCAUACUCCCCACAGACUCCACUGACAGUGCACCGCUGCUACAGUGUGCACCAGAGUCAAUCCUGCUGGACAAUGGACUGGAUAACAGUAUAAGUACCUUCCCAGGACUUUCGCUGCAUGACAUAGAGCUAACCUUCGGCUGACUGACUGACAACCCCAAUCGGGGAAAUAAGAGACUAUUGUAACAGCGCUGAGGGGAGUUAUAAGAGGUGUAAAUAGUUGACAUUAGUGUUCAUGUAUGUACAUAGUUGUGUGUGUUGUUCUGAUUGGUUGUCGUCCUAUUUAUGUUCAGUGUUCGAGAG